CUAUCUAGCCUCGAAUCCAGGCGGAUUAAAAUUUAAUCAGUAUGGUCUCGAGGCUAAUAGAGUAACUUCCAAUGCGCAUGCGCAAUAUAAAUCUUGUUUAUAAAAGUGCAUAGUCAGUGUUGGGUGUCUAAAAAGUCAGGAUGUCAAAACUACCUUUCAAAAAGCGACUAGUAAUUACCUCCAACCAGGAGCUAGAUAAUGAAGCAAGUCUCAACUCUCAAGAAUCCUCUGUUAAGAGUUUGGGAAGCUUUAGACUUCGCUUUAAAAGUGGUGGCACUAACAAAACGAAACCAGGCAGGGACACAGCUACAGCUACUCCAGAUGCAAACCUUCAAGCAGAAAUAUCAAUGGAUACUAUACAUCAGAAUGUACCGGAAUCUUCACAGCCAGAGGCAUCGAUUGAAGUCAUUCCGAAGGCUCGACAAACUGAGAUACUGAGUGAGGAAAGCAUAAAAUUUGGAGACAUAAUUGCAGACCCAACAUCACCAGAUCCUGAAGUCUCUAUCGUAGAUAUUUUUAGAGCUCAGUCUUCUGAGAUUUGCAAACAUGGAUAUCAGGAGAGACUAACCGAAGAAGUGAUUGAUGGCUUGUUCAGCGAACAAAAAUGCACAACUUUGACCAACAGUUUUGAUGAGGAAAAUAAAUCUCUUUUACUUCAAAGUAAUAGCACUCUACUCUCGGAUAACAAGUCAGUUCUACCACAAACUCCAAUACAUCAUCAGGAUGAAAGCUAUAAACAGGAAAAGGAACCUACACAGGCCGACACAGAACAUUCCAAAGAUGACCAGCAAUGGCCAGCUGAGGAAAUGACUCAGGAAGUUGACGUAUUGCAGAAAGGGGUGGAUCUCAUACGUACAGAAAAGCUACAACAAAUGCACACUGGACAAGACACUGUAUCAGUUCCAGGAAAUGUAGCGCAAGAGCUACAGAAAAAAGAUCACAGAGAACCCCUAGAAAUGGGGAAUGAGGAUUAUCACUUGCCAGAGAUUGAAAUCGCAAUCGAGGGAAAUGACGAGCCAAUAGACACAGAGGAACAGUACUCAGAUACUCACGAAAUACACUCUUUAGAAAUGGAACCCGGAGUUGUUGAAGUGCACGAGAAAGGCCACCAUUUAAACAACAGUAAUCUGCACACAUUACCUCUUUCAGAUGAAUCCACAGAGGACACACCCAAACGUAUAGAGGAUUCGUUUCAUUUUCUUUCCCCAGAGGAUGAGCCAGUAUUGAGUCCUGAUUUUCAAGAAAGAGCUAUUCGAUCAGUAUCUGCUGUUGUCAUACAUAACAGCAAACCGUCGUCUCUAUCUUACUCUAUGCUCAAAUGUCGAGACAAUUGCAAUGGAUGCUGCACAUACGAUUUCUGUAACAGUAAAACUUCGCAGGUACCAAAAGUUUCUCCAGAAGCACACACAGCUAGCAAGCAAGGCAUUACGAUGAUGAAGAAGCUUAUUUAUCCGGGUAUGCCGAAGGUGUUUCAAGAUUUGUGGGUGCUGACUGAGCUUGCUAUAACCAUCACACAGCUCGUACUGGCUGUAAUAUCACUGGCUUUGAAUCAGAAUGUGUUCAACAUUGUGUAUGUUUCAAUCACUGCUUUUGGACUUCUCUUGGCUUUAAUGGACUCCUUCCUCCACUUUAUCACCCUCGGCUCAUGUGCCUCUAUCAUCAAACACUUCAGAAAUAAACGCAGGAACAAACUAAAUGCAAUCAAAAAAGUGCCAGACAAUGAGCAGAAUGGUGGUGGUUGUUCAUUGUUCUCGACAGAAACAAGACAGCAAAUACUCGAAGUUUUGGACUUCAUUCGUAACUGGAUCACAGACAUUGUUCUCUACCCUCUGGUUAUCUUAGAUCUGUACGACCUCAUCACGUCUCAGCUGUAUCUUCUUGAAACCAGUGACCAUAGAGUCAAUUUUAGCCUGUUCAUAAUCUCUGCCGCAUUUCUACUGCUGUCUGUUUACCUCACUCGAAUUGUUAUGAUUGUCACAGCAGCUUUGAAUCUUCGUCGAGUGCCUUCAGAUUCAUCGGGCUCACAUAAGAAGAUUGUGAGCAUGUCAUUAUGGUUUCUGCUUCAUGCUUUUGCUCAAAUUGUCAUUCAUGCUUUGAUCUUUGUAUCAAUCGGAAUGAAUAUCUAUUUGGAAAAUACGGAAUUUCAAUUAGUUGAAACUAAUUCCACAAAUUCUACACCCAUGAUUGAUUUUUUUUCUAUUCCAACACAUUCAAGUUCUCUUAACUCAAGUUUCUUUCUGAUAUACUCGACGGUAACCGGGCUCCUUGUCACGCAGCUUGGCCUUGCUUCGUUCUUUAUUGUCAACUAUUAUCAGAUCAGAGAGCUAUCAAUUGCAUUCUGGGUAGACAUGAUUUCAAUGCUGCAGUCAGAAAAUUUUGCCGGCCUUGUUUUUGAUGGAGGAAUCAAGUCUGCCAAGAAAAAAACACAAGAGAUUGCACAGAACAAGAAGUACAAAAAGGUUAAGGAAAAUUUGGUGACUAUUGAAACCGUCCCAUUGUACGUUAAGCUGCUCUAUCCAUUCCGCGUACCCGUGUUCGUUGUGCUUGGCAUCCUGUACGGAAUUCUCUUGGGAACAUUUCUUACCUUUCUCAGCGUGACUUGUAGCCCAAUGCCUGAUUCGUCUGAAUUUGUCUGUGUGUCGUUUUUUACCAACCCUUCUGUCUACUCCAUCCCUUACUUCUUCACAUUCGCCAUUAUCAUUUUGGCUAACAUACAAGUCAUCUUCAUGGUGUUUGUCUGGGCGCUAGUCGUGUCUGUAGUCAUCUUCUCCAUUGUAAUCUCUCCGGUUUUACUCGUGAUUUUUAUCAUACUGUACAUUCCACUGGGGAGCAUAGCUGUUUGUUUGCUGCUGCUGGAGGAUCUUUGCCGGGAAAUGAAUAUUUUGUCCAAGCCAGGUCCUGGAGUGAAUGGUAAUCAUUCUCGAAAAGAAAACAUGCGAAGAGCUGUGAACAAGACACUGUUUGCAAAAUACAGGGAGCCUGAGUUCGAAAAGAAAGAAACAAAAAAGAAAGCACGCAAAGCAAUGAAAAGUAUCAUCAAAAUUAAACCAGUUCCGAUAAUAAAAGAAAAGAAGCCAAGUUGCUUUGAGCGUUUUAAACGAAAGAAAAAGGUCGAAGAUGGUGAGUCAGAAGAGCUUUUGCAACCACCAGAGGAGCUUCCAUCAACAGAACUUAGCCCAGAAAUGGAGAAAGCUACCAGUGAAGGUUAUGACAUGAUGAAGAAUGUGUUCUUUCCUUUGAUACCGGCACUGGUUCAAGAUCUAUACCUUCCUGAACCAGAUGAUGAAAAUGCUGGAAGAGAGCAAGCUGACUUUAGUUUUGUCGUGAUUGGGAGCUUUUACCUUAUCCUUGCUGUGUACAUCAUGAGAGUCGUCAUGGUAUUUGGAACUUUACUAUCACUUAUUCGAUUGCCUAGCAACAAAGAAGCAUCUGGAACCGACAAAGAGACUGGCCUACUGAUAAAAUUCUGCAUCCACAUUAUAGGUCAGAUUGCCGUACACUUUAUAAUCAUCGUCGUUCUAUGGGCGAAAAUUCGAAAUGAGAAUCAACCCUUGCUUAACAUGAACCGUAACUCUACAAUGAACGGAACAGCAAUGAUGACGAUGAACAAUGCAAACAAUACAAUGGGUGAUGACGAUGAGCCGGAUCCAGAAAUUAGAGCCAGUGCAUUCCUGAUAGCAGCAUGUGUGAUGGGUGGCAUAGUACCUCUCGUGGGCGUAACCGCUUUCUUUGUCGUGAAUUAUUUUUGGAUGCGAGAGUUCUCAAUUGGAUUCUGGUUAAAUAUGAUAUCCAUGUUGCAAGGAGCAGGCUUUGCUGAGACUGUGUUUGGAGGUGAAGGUCUUUCCGGUGCUGAAGAACAAGCUAACCAAUUUCUCGAUGAUUCAGGGUUUGAUACUGUCAAGGCACAAAUUACUCGCCUCAAGGAACAGACUUUCUGGACCAAGUUUUUUUACCCUACAAAAGUUCCAUUUGUUGCUCUUUGUGGUGUUGUAUAUGAUCUUUCCUUAGUUGCAUUUGUGGCUACUCUCAUGUUGACAAAUGAUGAAGCUGGAGUUAGGCUAGUGGUGUUUCAAAAUGACCCUUUUAUGACGAGUGCUUUUGUGAUUGCUACCAGUGUCAUUGUCAUCGCCAACAUUCAUGUCUUGAUCCUGCUCAAUUUCCUAUUGCUGGUGAUGGUUUUCGUAGGAAUAAUUGCUAUAUUUUAUUCAUUUGCCUUAAUUCCGAUAAUUUUACUAGUUUACAUGCCAAUGGUUGGGUUCGUCGGUUACUAUUUUAUCUUCAAAAAAUCAGUUGGCAACUGUAGAAAGAAAUCAAACAUCGAAACAGAAGAUAUUGGAACUACUAUCUCAACGAAGAAUCUUGAUCAAGACUUGGAAUUGUCUGAAUUCAAUGGAGACAAGAGUAUUAAGUACAUUGAAACAAAGGAAGGAAACAAAACUGCUAUGGCUAAUAUUGACUAUAGUGGAAAAGCUUCACCACUGAUGAUUGCCAAUACAUCACUCACUGAAAGUUAUGCUUGAUUUAUGUUAUCAUAAUUAUUAUACAUUAAUUUUUGUGUAAAUUAAUAUGUAGUAUAUAGCAUACAUGUUUUGCAAUAAGGAGACGGGAGUGCAGCUGUCUAUGAGCUAGGCAAGGAAGAGAACAACAUAAUGUUAAACUGAGACGGUAUGAAAUAUGACAGUCAAUUAU